UCCCGCACUCAGCCCCGCUCCAGCCCCAUUCCAGCCCCGCUCUAGCCCCGCUCCCAUUCCCGUUUCAGCCCGCACCCAGCCCCAUUCCAGCCGCGCUCCCAUUCCCGGCCCGGCCGGCUCCGCUCGCUGCCCUUGCGGAUCGGCCCCGGGCCGCCAGCGCUGCUGCGCGCCCCCAGGGUUUCCUGGCCCCGCUGGAGGCUGAGGAAUGUCUCUCACUAACUGCAUCCAGAUGUGCCUGCUUGGCAGCGCGCUGCACGGACAGUACCGAGGGGACGCGGGAUCAGCGCUAUCAAAUGGGCUGGCUGGCUGGAUUGAAUAAGCACUCCUCAAGGCACAAAGCAGCAUGCCAGAAUCACCAAGGCUUUCUUGCCUGAAUCUGGGGACAGGAUCCAGAGGACUUUUUCCCACUUUGGCUCUGAGCAGAAGUGCCAAGUGAUGGAGAUGUGACGACUGCUGCAAAAGAAGAUUUCCACGUUGAAGAACUGAUCAAAUAAGACAGAAGAUCUCCAGGAAAAGUAUGGACAGUGGUGCCAGGCAGCUCAAACACAGCUUUUAGCAGUCCCAGGAACACCAGAGAGACAAUGAGAGUUCGCCUCAAAGGGGAUGUGAUCUGUACCCUCUUCUUGCUGGUAGCGCUUUGUUCUUUGCUCUACUCCCAGCUGGAACAUUUAGUCCCGGCAGGAAAGAAGGAGCCAACACAGAACAAGCCUCGAGUAGCACCAAAAAUAUUCUCCAGUCCCAGAGCACCUCAGAGGCUGAUGCCAGCAGAGACAACUGCACCCAGACCCCACGUUACCCCUGACAUGAGACAAACAGGACUGCCCAAAACCAGGGUCCAAACUACAACUCCACCCCCGCUGACUGAUUCUGCCUUCAACUUCAAGCUCUACCUCCUAAACAAGGAUAACAGGAACUUCAAUCUCCUCAUUAACCAGCCCAGGAAAUGCCAAAAAACACCAGGAGGUCCCUUUCUGCUCAUUGCUAUCAAAUCAGUAGUUGAAGACUUUGACAGGCGUGAGAUUGUCCGGAAGACUUGGGGCAGGGAGGGUUUGGUGAAUGGGGAGCAGAUCCAGCGAGUGUUCCUCCUAGGAACACCAAAGAACAGGACAGUGCUGGCAACAUGGGAGACCCUGAUGCACCAGGAGAGUCAGACAUACCGUGACAUUUUACUCUGGGACUUCAUGGACACCUUCUUCAACCUGACCCUGAAGGAGAUCCACUUCCUGAGCUGGGCUGCUGAAUUCUGCCACAAUGUGAAAUUUGUUUUUAAAGGUGAUGCUGAUGUUUUUGUCAAUGUCGAGAAUAUUGUUGAUUUCCUCAAGAGACACGAUCCCACUGAAGACCUCUUUGUUGGGGACAUCAUCUACAAUGCCCGUCCCAUCCGUGUCCGGAAGAGCAAAUACUACAUCCCAGAGACCAUGUACGGGCUGAGCAUCUACCCUGCCUAUGCUGGAGGAGGGGGGUUUCUGCUGUCCAGCUGCACCAUGAGGAAGCUCUCUAGGGCUUGCAGAGAGGUGGAGCUGUUCCCCAUUGAUGAUGUCUUUUUGGGCAUGUGCUUACAGAGAAUCAACCUCAAGCCCAUUUUACACGAAGGAUUCAAGACCUUUGGCAUUGUUAAGCCUUCUGCUGCCCCACACCUACAGACAUUUGAUCCCUGUUUUUACAAAGAUCUCAUGGUGGUUCACAGCCUGAAAGUUGCUGAGAUCUGGCUAAUGUGGAACCUGCUCCACAGCCCACGGCUUUCCUGCACUCAGAAGAAGCAGGUGAAGAAGCCUUUCCAAUGGAAGAAGAAAGCUCAGACAACACCAGCAUCACCCCUCAGAUAGUGCAGGCAGAGUGCAGCACACACAGCAAACCAGCCAAGAAAGGGAGCCUGGAACUGACACAGCCCAACAAACCAACUUUCUGAGUAUUUAUCACAUCUUAUUUACAACGUAAAGAGAGGAAAACAAACAGUUGCAGGGAUUUGCCCAAAUUCCACAUUUGCACAUACAUGUAUCAUGUGGCUCCUUCUGUACUAAUGAGUCCAAAUUAUCAUAACAUAUAUAUAAUUUAUUAUUAUUUAUUAGGAUUAUGUUAGUGCUUAGUGGGACAAUGUGUAAAAGCACAUUGAAAAAUGCAGUUCUUGGACAUUUUUCAGCAUUGUUAGAAGAGUGAGAAAUGAAAGAAGACACAGAGUAAGAACAGACACCAGGAAGCACAGGAGGGAUCAUUGUCAACUUGCUGUUGACUUGGACUCAUUGAAAAAUGACUGAACAGUAACUAGAGUACAGGAAAUUGAGUCCCCUUAGUGUCUGAUCAAAUCACAUCACUGCUGCCUGACUGGUUUUCUCCAGGCCUCCUAAGAAGAGAAAACAGACAGCUGUUGAAAUGAGGUCCUACAGCUACAGUUCAGGUGGAUUACAAGAAAUCAUACUGGAUGCUGAGGCUGCCAUGGCUGGUGGAGCAAAGGACAGGUAAGUAGAUAACUAGAAAGGAGCAGAUUUACAAAGGGCCUUUAGAGAAAGGACAAGAACUUCAAGUUGAUCGCUUUGAGUCUUGAUUUUUCAUCAUUCUUCUCAGUUCAAACAUCUGCUCUGUUGACAUGCUCAAGAUUCAGGGGACCAGCGGAGGAGGUUUUGGCACUUCCCUGAGCUCAGGCUCUCUGCACUAUGCUGACUAACAUUCAGGGAAAAUUCAGGAGUCAUCAACAGUAUUUGAUUGCUCUCACAAUCUGACCCAGAUUUUCAGAAGGUUUGCGUCUGGAGAGAUCCUUUGGCCUUUGCUUAUAAGCAUAACCCCACACAGAGCUGCUGCUUGCAUCACACUUGGGAGCUGCUUCAAACCAAAGAGUGGACUGGGCUGGUUUCUACAGACUUGGUGCUCUUGCUUAGCACAGUCAGCAGCAGAGAGCAGCCAGGACCUUCAGACUGCUGCGGGUAUCAUGUGAAGGGAGAAAGUUUUCAGACAAAAGGACUUCAGAAUAAAAGUCCAUCUAAAGUCCAUCUAAAUCAAAACCACACACUCUUUCUGUUGGGCUUUCCAAGGUUCAGUUGGGAACUUUGUAAGUAUUUUAAGCUUCAGACAAGAACACUGAAUUGCUCAGUUUUUCAAAGUAUAGUCCAGACUUUGAUGCAUUUUGUUUUUCCCAACAGCAGACUACCUUAGAAGAAUAUACUUUUAUCAGACAUCAAAACAGAAGUGAAUUUCUGUAAAUCAGGGUUAAAAAGCUAUGAAAUUCAUGGGGCAAAGAGCCUGAAUUCACCUCUGAUACUAUGUUUGUUAAUUCUUUUACAAGUUUUUACCCCCUCAACAAAACUCCUGUCCUUCAGAGAACCCCUCGGGAUGGCACAUCCACAGAGCUUCAAAGGAAACUACAAUCAGUCACAAAAGCCCAGCGUUCCUUUCCCUUGCACAAAGCCUGCAGCACAGCUGCAUUUCAUAUCCGUGGGUAAGCUCCCUCCCACCCCGCAGCAGUUUGGGCUCAGUCCUGGUACUAACAAUGCACAGAGAACAGCAGGCUGGGAGUGUCUGUGGCAGCCUGUGAACAACAGCUUCACACGACAGUCAUCUCCAUCAUGAGCUCAAGCCCUACAAUAAUGCAUUUCCAAGAAAAGGUCAGCUAUAUAGAAAUUGAAAGAUUUCUGCAUUUGGGAUAUUUUCACGAUGCAGUCCUGAAAUACAAAAUGUUCCUGUGAGCUUCACAAGGAGCUUUGCUGGGUGUGGAACUAAGCCAAAGCCUCACUGGUAGGACAGGCACCCCCACACCUGUCUGCUACCAUGUAUUUAUGCUAACAUGUAUUUAUGAGAUUGUACAGAAAUGUAUUACCUGUGAGUAGUUCAGAGUUCAGGAAAUUAUUUAUACCAUCAUUAAAAGAGAGCACGCAGAUAUGCUUCUAGUUGUCAGACUGACUUUGUCAAGUACACCUGCACACAUUUUAAGACUAAAACCACAGGAAUUUUUCAUGAAGACAGUGACAUGAAAAAUACAUUAUUCAUUAUUUUGGAUAACUUGGUACAUCUUUCCUCAUGCUGGACUUAAUUUAAUGGCAAUGACAGAAAAAUAAACAGAAUUUACCUUGCAGUUUCCUAUAAGGCAGCUAGUCAGGUUCAGCAGUCUUUAUUAAGGUUUUCCUUUUACACUUGAAGAUGCAGAGAUUGGCUCCUCCCUCUAUAAUGUCUUCAGAUCUGCAAUCUAUCCACAACACAGCAUUAAUGAGUGUGUUUUGUCCCAGAUCAAAGUUGUUGUUCAACAUCUGUGUUGACACAGUCUGUGCCAGCACAUACCCUGAUGACAGAGACAGAACUAGAGUAAACUCUUUACUCCACUAUCUUAGUCUGUAGGAACAGAAAAUUUCUUUUAUCCAGUGAAUACCAAAGGCUCUCUCAAUGAAAGAUCCAUCUGGUUUUGUUCUCCAGCCUCUGCUGCAUGGCCUAUUUGAGCUGGCUUUAAGCUUCCAUUUGCCUCUGCUGUUGAGCUGGAAGUUCACAGAUGCCGUAUGUGAGCAUAAUGCCCUGGGGAAAUGCUGAAGAGCUGUGCUGUAAGCCCUGCAGUUUAUUGAACUCUACUUACUACCACAGUAGGCAAAGGCUUUGACUUCACCCAAGCUGCAGAUUGUUUCCUUAAGGAUGAGAGUCAUUUCAGAAAAUCCUAAAGUGCCAGGUGUGUAUGAGAACUGGCAGGAAGGACCCUCUACCAACCUUUCUGAUGCAUCACAGAAACCCAAACCCAUCCUUUUCAGAGUGUCAGGAGUAUGUUUUAUUAACGGGCUAAUUGAGUGCACCAGUCAUGCUUGCUGUAAAUCUUUGCUUGGCAAAUUUUUUCAUGACUAACCCAGGACAAGAAAAGAAAACAUAAAAACAUCCUAAGUGGGUUCUGCCAGUAGCAAAUAAGCCAAGCAGACUUUCUCAGUAUAAACUUCUGAAACUAAUAGAGUACAGUAAGUUUUAUUGAGUCCCAAGGAUCCACACACAGUCAGGUUUUGUUCCUGCUGUACAUAAGGAGCCAGAUUUGGUCACUAUAAUGAGCAGAGCUGGCUUGAGCCUCAAAUUCAGCACCUCCAAGUGCAUCUCUAGACACAUGAACUGGUGGUGAAUGCCAAGGUCUGUCAUUUGGUCAAGCCACUGCAGACUCAGACAUCAUAAAAAAGAAAGCCAAAGAGGAUUCUGAAGCAAUUCAGUAUUAAAAUCUUGUGCUUCCUGUCUGCAGCUUAAUUAUUCAUCUUUCUACAGCAGGUUCUCAGAAGCAAACCUCAACUGCAAACUCAAACAGUACAAAAUAAUCAAACAGCUCAGAGAACCUUCACUAAAUAUCAGCACUGAGAACAUUCCCUGGAGAGUGGUGAAAGACCAUUAGAUCAGAGAGAAAAUAAAGUCUAUCCCAAAGCCCAGCAUGAAAAACUGCUGAUCUCCUGAGUUGUACCUCUUCCAGCUGGACUUGCAGGUCUCAGCAGCCCAGAAAAUCAGCCCACCACAUUUCCCUAAUGAUGCUACUAUCUGCAGUGACAGUUUUAAAAAACAGUAAAACUUUUAAAUACAAUUUUUCAUUACUUUCUAUACUUAUGAUCAGUGAACAAACCAUACUGAGGAAUGAGAAAGAAAAGUAAAGAGGAAAGUAAACCCAAAGGAGGAGCACAACUGAGUCCCUCCAGGAGUGGCAAACAGCUCCCCCACCAUUCCUGGCCAGCCCAAUGCUCUCUCCAAAUCAUUCAGACUCAGCUCAUGGAUCUUCUCUCUCCUCCUCCCUUUUCCUGUGCUAAAACCUUAGAAAAAACAUAAAACAAGUUUGCAGCCCCCUGUCCCAGGGGGGCUGCCUGAGCUGAGUGGGAAUCAAGGUGUGACAGUAAGACAAAUGGUGUCUACAGCCACAGAAGCAAAAAAGAAAUAAUCUCUGUAGCCUCCCCUACUUGUGGAUGCAGCAGAGCUACCCGGCAAGAGACAGGGUAAAUUCAGGAUUUCAGGGCUGCAGUUCUGAGAGGAGCAGAGGGGAAAACGGAAUACAGCAAAUCAGGCUGGUUUGAUUAUUUAGCUGAUUAGACUGUACAUUGCAUAAUUAUGCUGGGUUUUUUGUGAUUGGUAUUUAAACUAAAUGUCUCUCUGAAGGAUAAUAAUAUGAGAAUGAAACAUAUGCACUCAGUGAAAUAUAGAAAUAUAUAUUAGUGUAGGUGUAAAACAUGUAAGGUACUUAAAACCAGAUUCCAGAAUGGCAAUAUGCAGUACUUUAAAAUAACUAAAGGAGUAAAAUUUAAAAGGGGAACUCAUUAAUGUAUGAAAUAGAAAAGGUUGCAUUAAACCAUUACAGCCAGUCCAGAACAAAAGUCACUUUAAUAACAUUAUCUUACACCACAGAGAGCUCUACUCUGCAAACUCCAGCUUACCUUUCCUGCUGUUUCAAGCACUUGUGUUUCCCAGAUCAUGGGGAGAAAUUAUUUUACCUGCUGGAAAAACAGACAUCUCCACAAACACCACAAGAGAUGGGAUGUAAGCUUUGGGAGAUAAAUAUAAUAACAGUGACUUCAUUAGUUAUAGCAAAAAUUUACAUAGGCAAAGAGUAUGGUAUUUAAGUUGAACCUGAGCCCUCCAACACAUACAGUCCCCACAAAAACAAAUCCUUCAUGAGCUCUGCUUCACUGAGCCUAUUUUUAAUGGUUAAGAGUUAUAUCUCCAGUAAGCUCCAUCUUUCAUUUGGAAAAAGUUUUACUUCAGCCUCUGAAACAACCUGAUUCACACUUCACAUGAAAAGAAGCAACGACAACUAAGCAGUAUUUUAACUCCUCAGACACACAGUGAGGUAUUUAUUUGCUGUGUCAGAUUAUGUCUGACAGAAUCAGGCAAAGAAGUGGGGGCUUUGCACUGGUGUAAUCAAGGUUUUAGAAAAAGGUGUUUAUCGGGCAAAAGUUGACACAGAACAGUCGUAACUAGCGUGGAAUAAUAUUUCUUACAUCAUAACACCAAAAAUUAUUCUGAACACAACCAAUCCAUGUGAAAUUGUGCCAAAUCUGACAACUUGGUCUUUGCCCAAAUACUCUGGAGAAAGCAAGCAGAGAGGGCUUGGACAUAACAUUUCUUUCAAAGUAAGAGCCACACUGAUUCACACAUGCAGAUUUAUUCUCCAUGUACAUUUUAAGCCACCAAACACAAAAACCUAACAGACAUUCUGGCUUAGAGUAGUUAAGUGACUAACAGGUUCUAACAGCAGGCAGAAAGUCAGUGUGAAGGGGGCAACAACACCCUUGAUUUCCUUCUGGAAAACAGCAGCUGGCCCCUAAUCUCCAGCCAGCCCCCAAGCUAUGAUGAAUCACCAUCUUCUUGUAGUGCUGAAAGAUUUUGUUUUAAACAGCCUGGAUGGGAGCUCUGGAAUAUGAAUGAUCAUGAUCACAUGAAUCAGUUCUCACACACCAUAUGAUUACUCUUUCAGAAAAAAAAAAUCUGUUUAGAAUUAAAAAUGUGACUGUUCCUGGCAACAGAAGGAAUUUUUCUUAUCAGGAACUGCAUUUUGGGGAACAGAGGGUUUUAGUAUUACACAGCAGCACUCAUCCAUACAGCACUGCCUGGAGCCAUCACAGGAGCCCAAGGACUGCCUGAAGAAUACAGGAAGAAAUGUCAGCCUCACCUCCUUAAAGAAGGGCACAAUGAUAAGUUUUAUUAAGUGUAAACAAAUUAAAUACUGUGGCCAGUACUGCAAUAUUCAAGUUAAGCAGAUACACACACAGACUCCUCACUUCUUUACAAAGGAAAACGGCACACAUCAGAAGGGCAUCAUAUCCACUACAUGUUUUAUUAAAAAUGCAAUUGUACUUUGUAUCAAACAGUUUUACCAUAUGAAACCAAAAUGAAGGACCAAUGCACAUGUUGCCAACAUGCAGGAUCUGCAUCAAAGCACACAGGAUUUUUACAAGGAACAAGGCCACCUGGCAAAAUGAGAUCCAAUGCAGCCCAAAUCUCUGAGUUCCUCUGGGAGGGGGAGGCAGAACUGGCCCCUUGCUCCCCCUUGCACAGAACAGCUCUUGAUUCAGAUGCACUGCCUCGUCCCAGCCUCCCUUCCUGCCACACUGCCAUCCCUGCCUUGUCCCCCAGAGCUCCUCUACUCCUGCCUCUCUUCUUUCUGAUUUAAACCCAGCACCAGUCCCCUCUACCCAUUCCUGAACUUCUCGUGCCAGGAAGUCCUUAAAUGCUCCACAAUGCUUCUCUAAUGCUCAGGAACUGCUUGGCUUGGCUUAGUCCGAAUAGGAGCAAACAGAUCAAAACAAGAGAGUUGUGAACAGCUGCGCUCACAAAGGGUGGGUGAGGAAACCAGUAAGAGCAGCUCCACAUUAUCUCUCCUGGUGCUUCUUCAGAUCUGCCUCUCCCAAAAGUCAUAUGCUUUGAGCUCAGCACAGCAGCAACAGCCAAGAUGCAAAAUUGCCUUUAAUUUUUUGUCUGUGCACAGAAUUUUUCAAUAUCAAGGGGCUGACCUAGAGAAGUGUAUGGGUUGUUAAAAGAGAAGUGUUAAUUACCAAUACUAUUUUAGUCACUUGGACACACCAGAUCCUUACAAGUCAAACUGGGAGUCACUGCAGCUAUUAAAUACCUUUGGUUAGCUGCUGCUCCUGUCUCAGGGUUCAUGCUAUAGUAGCAGGCCUGACCUCACUUUCCUGAAGAAAUUCAUCUCAAUAUACUUGAGAGCAGGAUAUUGGUGGCAUCUGCAUAGCCAUUACUCAAAUCAUCCCAUCAAGGAUUUAUCUCCUCUUGCAGCUUGUCUGGAGCCUUUAUUAGAAAAGGAUGAAUUAAAAUGAAUUGCAGUUAGCAUCAGGAUUGCUGUCACAUUGUAGUAACAAGAAUCAGCACACACAGCAUCUCAGUUCAGAGACCAUAAAAUUCUGCAAGAGCACAGAGCCACACAGCAGGCAGGGUCAGUUUGUAUCCAGCACCGAGGGAUGCUGCAGGAGGAGGGCCAAGUGCUCUGCCUGCCCCAACAGCCAGUGCAGGAGAAAGAGAUGGAAACGAGUCCCAUUCCUUGUGCCCUGCAUUAACCUUUGAGCUGCUUCAGGGCAGGGAGACUCCCAGAGCUUUUCUGUGAAGUCCCUUGCGGCACACGAACGCAGCAGAGAAUUCACAUUUGCUGCUUUCACUGCAGGCAUUUCCUCCCUGCUGCUGUGCCAUAUUCCCCCUCUUUGAAGCUCCAUCGAUUUCCAUGAUCCCCAAGGGCCCACAGAAGCAGAACAAUCUCAUUUCUGAAGACAACGCAGAGCCCACGGUGCUAGCAACCACAGUUUAAAGAUUUCCCUUCUCCACUUCAGGGCAAAACCUUACAAAAUGCUUUAAUGUAUCUACCAAGUUAUGUUAGUUACUGCUUCUUUGGAGAACAUACUGAACUGGCUAUAAAGUCACUAUAGACUAGUCAAGUACUUCAAAUACAGUAUCUGAAAACCAUUAAAAUAAAAACUAAUUGAUAAGAAAACAAAGGCAAGAACAUCCAAGAUUUUAUUACAAAAACACCCAGCAACUGUAUUUAACACAAAAACAGUAACUGAGAGUCUCUUUUUAUUUUUCUUUCAGUGUACAUGCUCAUUAUUAUUCCAUUUAAUUUACAGAAGGGCUAUGUAAAAUGAAAUCAAAAUUAGAGAGGAAACAAAAAGGAAGAUUGAGGCAUAGAAUUUUCUUAGCAAGCAACGAUCACAGGAGACAGCACAGAUUGAACAGGGAUUCAACAGGAGUGACACCUAGGGAUAAAGGUAAACAGUAACUUUUUCCUUAUCCAUUAGAUUCUCCAUGGGGCUUUUUUGUUUGUUUUAGCAAAACAGUUUAGAGUAUCACAGUAUACAGGAAGACUAAAUGGCAAAGAACGUCUCACACACACACAUACACACAUUUAUCCCUGCUACUGGUCCAGAAUCCAAAACUUCAGUUAACAUUCGAUUUCCUAUCUCUCAUUCAUUGAUAAACUAUACAGGAUUACACUGUACAUGGAGUUAAAAUUACAAAAAUGUCAUAUUUACAAAAAUCUGUACACACAUAGUAAAACUCACAAAAUUGUAAUCUAUGUAUCACAAGUUGCGACACCAAAAUAUUAAAAAUGGGAUAAAAUUAUACAUUUCUCUUGUCCAUUUUUAAAAAGGGUUCAUUAUUUCAAAGACAGACCACCUAUUUCUCCCAAAUAAGACUGGUAAGAGAACUAGAAACCUAAAGUAUCCUCCUGGGAUAAAAUGUUGCGAGCAGCAUCUCCCAACUAGAAAGAAGCCUAUAUCCUGUCUGCUGGGGUGGGGUGUGCAGUUAGCAUAUAUGUACAGAAAUGGUGAAACUACAACGAGGAUGUCUUUGGCUAAACCUUUGGCAUAAAUUAAAAUCACACAUCAAAAGUUACAGAAAAGGUUAUCUUGGUGAUGGCGGAAUUCCAGAAUUUCUUUCUGAGAUACCAUUAUAUACAGCUUUUCUUUCUCUGAGGAAACAGAGUAGGAAUAAAGGAUUUUGGAACAGAGGCAAAUGAGGCAACAUUAUUUCUUUGUUAAAUUUUUCACUAGUAUGAAAAAUUGUAUCAAAUCUUUUCAUUAAAACAUAAUUCAGUCAUAGAAAUAACCCCUUCCAGAAUUUUUUUUUCUUUCGAAAUUGCAUAUGAAAAAAAUUAGUAAACCAGCCAUGACAGAAAAAAAUUGUAUCAGCAUAUCAAGUACAUAUUAGUGCAGGAAGGUGGAUAAAUUUGAUCCACUGUAUAAAUAAGCUUUAUGCGCAGUGUACAUUAAAUAACCACCACACCCCACUCACACCCAGUACACAGAUGCUCCUCAGUGAAGAUAAACGUUUAUCAAGUAAUUAAAGUGUAUGUAGUGCAAAUGUUACAACCAAGUAUUAUGCACAUGCUACUUGCUUGGUUUAAAGUUACACAAAGAUGUGGUGCCUGAAAUCAUGGACAUAUAUACAUCCUUGUCACACUUGGUACAAUGUCCUAAGCCACAGAAAUACCGAGGUGUUUAGAUCUAUAUAUAUAUACACACACGUUUUCUUAAAAUGUGACCACCACAUCAAUACAGUAACACAAACAGACUAAAAUCAAUACCUGCUUCCAGAUGCUCCAAGGCUCAGAAAGUUUGUGCUUCUAAUUCUUGCAGUCAUUACGUGCCCCUCUUCCAUUUCCCCCUUCUGCCAGCUGAGAAGGAGGGACAGUCUCUUCAGGUCUGUGCUGCAUAGGAUGAGGGCAACGGAGAGGAAUAAAUGACGGCACAGGCACCUAAGCUGCUUUCCUCCAUCAACAGUUCCAUGCCCCAUGAUGAAGGGUUGAGAGAAUCUCCUCUCCACCCCAUUCCUGGGUGGAAAGGCUUAUUGAAAAAAAAAAAAUAAAA